AACCAAAGAAAAGAUACUAUGACGUAGUGAAUACGUAAAACCAGAUUUGCACCUACUACAUAGUGCAGCUGCUCUUAAGCUCAAGUUCACUGCCAAAAGAGAGGGAGCAAAGAGAAAAGCUUAAGAUUGAGCUUGGAGCUUUUGCAACGGCACCUAAAAUACACGAGACGUGAAAACAAAAAUAUGAGUAACGAAACCUCGUCCAGCGAGACAACACCGCUCCGGCGGCCAGAGACCCAAUCACCUUAUAACGUGGCCGAAACCAACGGGCGACAAACCACGGUUAACACCACCCACAGCAACAACAAUAACUACGGUGAUUCGGUGGAAGUGCGUCUGCAAGAGAGAGAUAGCACACAACAGCAGCAGCUACAACAACAACAAACCGUUAACAUGGAUACCAACAAACGAAUUCUUUGCCGCGUGGGCUUGGAUAUUUUGAUAUUGCUCUGCGUUGGCUUUCCCAUACUGCUGUUCUUCCUGCUGGGCGAACCGUAUAAGCGGGGCUUUUUCUGCGAUGACGACUCGCUGAAGCAUCCGUUCCACGAUUCUACGGUCCGGAAUUGGAUGUUGUACUUUAUUGGAGCCGUGAUACCAGUUGGCGUGAUAGUCAUCGUCGAGGUGAUCAUUUCACAGAACAAGGCCAAGCAGGAUAAUGGCAAUUCCACCAGUCGGCGGUAUGUCUUCAUGAACUACGAUCUGCCCGACUGGCUGAUCGAGUGCUACAAGAAGGUCGGCAUCUAUUCGUUCGGCGCUGUCGUCAGCCAGUUGACCACGGAUAUUGCGAAAUAUUCCAUCGGCCGGCUGCGUCCCCAUUUUAUGGCGGUGUGCCAGCCCCAGAUGAAAGACAACACCACCUGCGAGGAUGCCAUCAACAAGGGGAAGUACAUCCAGGAGUUCACGUGCAGGGGAAUCGGCUCAUCGGCGCGCAUGCUCAAAGAGGUGCGCCUCUCCUUCCCCAGCGGACACUCCAGCUUCACCUUCUUCGCCAUGGUCUAUCUGGCGCUGUACCUGCAGUCACGCAUGACCUGGCGGGGCUCCAAGCUGCUGCGUCACCUUCUCCAGUUCGUAUUCAUCAUGGUGGCCUGGUACACGGCUUUGAGCCGCGUCUCGGACUACAAACACCACUGGUCCGAUGUGCUGGCAGGAUCCCUCAUUGGUUCUUCAUGCGCCUUAAUUGUGGCCAAUUAUGUAUCGGACUUAUUUCAGAAGCCCAACACGAAGCCUUACUUGGCGCGUACAGUGCAAGACAUGAAUGCACCACCGCCCCAGGGAAUUACGAUUACUUCGAACUAACCCGCAGGAGAAGUGCACCAUAGUAAUUACAAGUUCCACGAGUUGUAGCCGAAGCUGGUACCUUCAGCUUGGAAUUCUUUCGGAUGACUUUAUCGGGACAGUGAAGCCAAGCUUCAGGUCCUAUUUAAUUUAUUCCUGUACUGGCAUUUUAAGAGCUCUGUGUGUGUGCAUGAGUGUGAGUGUGUGUGUUAGCUGCAAGUGCACUUAAGUGUCUUCUUUUAUUUUUAAGCUAGAGCAAUUGAGAGAUAUCUGUAUGAUGGCAAUUAUUGUACACUACUAAACUAUUUUAAACUGACGCAACAAUUUCCACAAAUCAAGUGACCUUCAAAACAGAGCUGCACAAAAAAUAUAUGGAAGCAAUAAGUAUUAUGUAAACUAAGUUAUAAGCCUUGGAUACGAAGAGAUAUUUAAAUAAUGUUUAAGAUGACCAUUAAAUAUGUUUAAAUAUAAUUUAAGUCGAACCUGAAACGUUUUC